CUCCCUCUGUCUUUCCCCUGAUGAAAGUCAUCUUGUUUGCGCAGUAAAUAACUACUCGGUUCGCAUCCGGGACCUCGAGACCAAUCAGCUGGUCGGAGACCCACUCUUGCAUGACGACGAAGUCACAGCUGUUGUCAUUUCCCCUAAUGGAAAAUAUAUUGCCAGUGCUGGAAAAGAUGGGAAAGUCUACAUAUGGUGCAUGGAUGCAGCUCUUAAACAGUACAGGCGAUGAUCAUAGCGCAGAUGAGAGCAAUGCAAAACCCAAUGCGAAGCUCAAGGAACGUGCGGCUCAACUGGGACAUGUACACCAAACAGUUCUCAAUGACAGAAGCUUUGCGAAAUAUGGCAAGGACUUCUGGGACGCUGAUACCAACACCGCGCCUUGUCGCGCAGCCACUCCUGUGAACCUAUUGUCUUCCCUUCACUGGCGCAGUUUGUUUGGUUCACUGCGUUUCAGUACUCGAUCUGCAGAUACGCUGCAAUCGAUACCGCUCCAGCCCAGGCAUUGGAAUUUCAACCUGUUUCCUGUAGGAAGCUCUAUACGCACCGUUGAUAGAAUUGCCAUUGCCCCUCCCACCACAGCAGAACUGGCCGCAGCAGAAGCAGCUGCAGCUAUGCGACCUACGAAUGGCAACAAGGCUGGCAGUUCGACGCCACCAGGUCAACCUCGGGCUCUGCCGAGGACACAAGUGUCUCAAGGACAACCGGCGAAAACGCAAGGUGCAGGUAGUGAGAUGGGAGAGGUUUCUUAUGAAGUUAGGUGCUGCGGAUUGUUAUUUAGUUGUGGUCGUCCUACCUCGCGUCAGUCAUGAGGUCAUCUUGAAACUCUCUGUUGUUCGAUAAUUUUUGCUCUUGCCCCUU